AAUGAGUGAUUGCCUAAAUGAGUUCUUCAAGCAGGUGGAAUACUUUCAUACAUCUUUCAAAAGCUAAUGUCAAAGUCAUCUAUUAAUGAAGAACACUAGAACAACAGAAUUUCCGAACGUCCGUCGCAAACGUUUACAAUAUAUUGAACCCUCGCUUCGAGCUACAGCACGACUCCUCGGCUUUCCGUUAUUGCUGUGAUCGCCACUUAUCACUCUUGAUCCUACAUAAGACGACAGGACCAAGAAAAAUGAAGACAACGACCGUUUGGUGUUUAGUAAUUGCUAUCUCAGUGUUAGCCGUUACCGUGUCAUCGAAAAGUAACUCCACUGAGGAAUCGCCAAAUGAAGGGACAAGAUUUUUCUCGGGCGGACUUCAUGUGCCUAUUUUUUUCGUUGGAGGCAAGCGUCCAGUUGGCCUUCCUGACAUUAAUCGCGGGAAAGAACUCAAACAUGGAGCGCCCACUUCUUUUGUAUCUCUCUUUGAUCCAGUCACAAACACUCCUUUUUAUUCAGCCUACACAGUUUUACCCGGGCACGCAAAGAACAUUGGCAAGCAUACGAGACCCAAAAAUACACAUUGGAAGAAUCCUCCAGGUGUUCGUGGUGUCAAUGAUGCUUAUAUGCAAGCCAACGCAGAAGCUCAAAGAAAGUUCAAGGGUGAACAAAUUGCCAGAGGCCAUAUGAACCCCUGCGCUAUCAAUUCCUUUGACACAAAAUUCAUGAAAGCUACUUUCACUUUUGCGAAUGCUGUACCUCAGUUUCAGACAUCAAACAGCGGACCUUGGCAGUUUUUUGAGAAAAAGAUAAGAAUUUAUGCCAAAACUACCUGUGGGAGUCAAACCCGCCAAGGAACCCUUUACCUACUGACAGGCAGAUCCGAAAAUGGCCUCCAGGGCGUAACGAAGCCGUCCAUUACCAAUACAUUUAAAGUGGCAACUAAAACAAUACACCUUGAUACUCCUCAAGCUAUUUGGACGGCGGGAUGUUGUGUGUGGAAGGUGACCGGAAGGCGAAGAGCAGAGUCCUUUGCAGUGAUGAGCAACAAUCAUUAUGAUAAAACCAAGCUACAUCAAACACAAAUGAGUGUACCUGACCUGGAGAGGUACUUGACGGCAGCAACGAAAGUAAAGUUGUUUCCAGGAUAUCCAGAUUGUGCUAAAAACUACCAUCCCCUACCAUAACAAAUCGUCCAGAAAUAAAUAAUGAGAACAGGCUCCAACAUUCUAAAGAAAUUGUUCUAGAGACCGUCAUAAAAACAAAACCAAAAAAUUCGUUCCUUUCAUUACAGACCCCUGUAAAACAUGGAUGUAAAACCUUAAUUUAAGAGGAAACAUAAGUAGAUGUGAGCAUUUAAAAUUCGUCAAGUAAAAGCCUAUUUGCCAUGGGCUUCGAGUUAGGUAAUGAAUAAUUGUAUUUAUUGCAUGC